UGAGACAAUAAAACAAUAAAGGUUUUAGCUCAAUAAUGGUCAUGCUUAUUUGUAGCAAUAGUAAAUAAGUUUUUUUAGUGGAAAAACUUAUUCUUCGUACGCUAUAAGCAAGUAAGUGUAACGAGUGUUUUUAAAUGUUGAUUUUGACGGACUCCUUUGACGGAUGCCCUAGGCAGAUAACAUUCUUGUCUUCAGUAUAAUGCGCCACUGACUGUAAAGCAAGAAGGCUAAAAAGUGUCACAAAUACCGAGGAGUUUCUUGUUUCUUAAAUCUAUCUAUUGUUGCUUAAUGUAUAAUUUAGACUAAUCAAUAAUGAUACACAUUCCAUCUAAUUGAUACUAUUUAUUAUGUACUAAUUAGCAUGGUUUAAGGAUAAGCAUAUUUUCUUUUGAAAGACUUCAUUUCGCGGUAUGGUGCGCGUAUAAUAGAAAUCCACUGAUUUUAGAUGAUCUUUUGAGGAUCUUACAUUUAUACGAUGAAUUAAACUCAUAACAUUUGUUACGGUAUCUUCCGAUAUCUUACAUUUAUUUUUACUAGACGAAAAAUAAUAUUCGUUAAACAAAAUUAUAUUUAUAUAAUCUUUUACACAGUUGAAAAGACAAUAGCUUCAUUCGGAUUAAUUGGCUUCGAUUUUAUAUACAGUUUUUGUAAAUUAUUCAAACUCUUUGUGUUGUAAAAGAAAGAUUUUAAACUACCACGAAAUUAUUUGUACUACUACAUAGAUAGCAUGAAUUUCAGGAAUUAGCGUACAAUACAUAUUUGUCCUCCAUUUGUAUUUAUACUAAUAAUUCUUACGUACGUAUAUAAUUAUAUAUAUAUACACGUAUAUGUAUAGUAUAUGCUUUCUACCGAACAGAAUUUACAUAUAAUGAAAAGUGUUCGUCACGUUUCGUGAACUGCAAGGCGUAUCAAAAGAUUUCUGAUUAUCCUUAACAAUAGCGAGCCACUUUUACUAAGAUAUCUUGAUGAUUUGUUUACUAAUGAUUGCCGACGAUAACGAUAAUAAUUAACUCUGUAAAGGGCGUUAGGUCCGUCGCUUCGGAUAAAUAAAUUUACAACUUUCAAUUUAUUGUAUUAUUGUUAUAUUACAAUAAAUAUAUGUAUACAAGACGGUUUAUAAAAUUGCAAAGAAAAUUUAUUUAUGAUCAGCUCGUUUCAUGAUGUUCAACGUACGCAUGGUGAAUCACUUACAAGCUGCCUGAAUGAUUUAUUGACUUUUAGCGAGAGACAAAUGAUUCAAGUAAAUCUUACGUGGUUUCAAGGGCCAAUCGGAUAAUAUCCUCCUCGAAACCAAGCAAAAUUUGGUCGAAGCAUUUUCACCAAUCGCUAAAUGUUAUUUGGAUGACCUGCUUAAAGUACCUCACCCUGUAUAACAAUUAUACUAACAAAAUAUCGUCCAUGGCGAAAACUGUCCUAGAUAGUCCUCCAUAGAUGUUCUCUAUUAUCGUUACCCAUAUUUUAAAUGUUUCUCUGGUUAUAUGGUGACAUCUGAUAAUUACCCUUUUUUACAGUAUUGUUCAGUAUUGUUACAGAGGAAUUUCUGCAUUUUUUCAAGUGCGCAUGCGUCUUGUAAUUUAAGGAGCAUUUAAGAUAUGGCCGAGCUCAGAAGUUGCAGAGUCUUAUUUGAUCUUAUUUAGAACCUUCUUGUCCAGGAGCUUUACAGCUAAAGUUUGGGUUAAUGAAAUGAUCGAAUAAUUUAUUAAUUACGCAAUUUGAUUUGAUAAGAGUCCAGUACACCAGCGCGUAUAUGUAAAUACAUAUAUAUCAGGCAGGCGAUCGCUUUAAUUUGGUUAAUUUGUUUAGAGUUGACAUUAGUCUGAAAAUGCGGGAAACGAAUAUCAAAGGCUCCAAUACGAAUUUUACGUCUGUAAAACUACUCUGUGUUAUUGCAGACAGUACAAUAUUUGUAUGCAAUCGUCGUAGUUUGACAUCAUUAACGUUUGAACCAGUUUGAACGUAACACCAGAUCGACACGUGAGCCACAUUAGAUCCACCUGGUAUGAAAUUGACCGCGCGUAUAGAUCAAACUUGUGAAAAGAAACACUCUGCUCUGUCGAACAGACGAGAGGAUUUUUUGAGAUUUACAUAUAAAAAUAGGGAAGAAUGAUACGCAAUCGUGCAUUCGCUUUGGUUCCUCCGCCCCCUUCGAAGUUCACCUUAAACGAAUGGCAUCUUAAUAAUCGUCAUAGGUACCGAUGUUCCGAGGCACAGCAAGAGCUAGCGGACCGACUUCUAGCAGAGACGAAACGCGUAUGCGAAUUAAGCACCGAGAAGACAAAGAGCAACAAGGAUGAGACAGAUCACAGGCUCGAGGAGAAACUGGAGGACAUCGAGUUUUGCAAAAGAGAAUUACUGCGCAUAAGGAAGGAAGUACUUCUCGAGAGCGAUUCUCUAUCGGUAUACAAAGAACGCAUCAUGGAUGCCUUAUCAUCCGUGAAGAGGAAUGCCCUCGCUAUUUGUGAGAAAUGUCUAAUUUUUAGGGAACAUAGGCUGGGAAUCGAUCUGGUUCGCGACGAUGUCGACAGAGAAUUGUUGAAGGAAUGCGAGGUGAUCAAGGGUGUCGAAAAUCUGCUGGUACGCGUUCUGGAGCAAACUCAAGAACAAAUACGCCGGCUAAAAGCAACGCUCUAUUAUAUGGAUCACGACCUCGAAGAUAAGGAGAACAACCUGCGUAUAGACAGACAUAAUUUGACUUUGAAAGAGACUGGCAUGAAUUUAAGCAUUUAUCACGGCACCUCGCGGCUCGAUUUAUCAACCAUCGAGCUGAACGAGUGGGAAAUGCAAACAAACAAUAACAUCGAUGCCGCUUCGAAAGAGAUAAAUAGCGCCAGACCGAUGCGUUGUUAUAUCGACACGAUAAUAAAACAGUCGAUUGACGACUUGAACGAUCAGAAGAACGCCACCGAUAAUGCUUUUAUACGACGCAUCGAUGAAACGAAAGAAGCUAAAACGAAGUUAGAACUACAGCACUCCGAGAUAAUGCGACAAGCGAAUGAAAUGAAAGACAAUAUCACGCGCAUAGAGAAAUCAAUCGCGGAAAAAGAAUGCUAUUUAGCCCUGGCCCAUACGAGACUCGGUAAUCGUUGUCAACGACCUGGUCUGGAGCUCACGCGAGACCUGGUAGAGACCCAACUCGUAAAAGAAGUAUACGAUUUACGCAACAUCGUGUCGAAUUUGCAAACUGCUAUGUUCGAGGCACAGGCAUCGCUGCGCUACCUGCUGAAGACGCAAAUUCAAAUCGAAGAAGAUAUCAACAUUAAAGCGAAUACGUUGAAAAUCGACGAGGUCGACUGCAUGACUCUUCGUCAGAGUAUGGACUAUCAUGCGUAUUAAACAACUUAUAUACAAGUUUAUUGGAAUGUAAUAAAAAAUAAUGUGUUGGAUCUGUGUUACCUUCAAAGUUUGAAUAACGCCAUCUUGCAUUUAAUUCCCGCGACAACUAGAUGUUUGCGGAAAAGGAGAUUACGAUUGGUGUACUCAGGGAUAA